ACACAUGUUUCAAGGAAUCAACUGGAGCCGUUGAGCACCGGGCAUCAGCAUCAGCCCGCAAAAUGUCUGCGAUACUCCGAUACUGCAAACUCCGCCGCUUAACCACUACAAUUGCCCUACUUUCCCCGCACGCUUCCUCCAAAUUCCACACCUCCAUCGUCAAACCCCCACCGCUCGUGUCGCCUCACUUCCUUUUUCGCCAAACCCUACUCUCGAAAAUAUCAAGGGGGAAAUUGGGAUUGCAGGAGCGUCACAAAUGGGACAGAAGCUCCGACGAAUACGAUCAGAUCAAAGCCGAGGUGAACUGUCCCCGCUGCUCCAAGCUCAUGACGGUGCUAUUCUCGAAUAGACCGCUUUCAAUUUCCGGUGGUGAAACGGGAAUUUACCAGGCAGUGAAUAUGUGUUACAGUUGUCGGACUGCAUUUUAUUUUCGGCCGUUUAAGCUUGAGCCUCUGCAGGGGAGUUUUGUGGAGAUAGGAAGGGUGAAAGGAGGGAGGGAGAGUUCUGGGAAUGAUGGUGGAAAGAAUGAGGUUAAAGUUUGGGAGAAAUUGCGGUCUUAUAGUGGUGAGCAAGAGAAGAAUGCAGAUGCCAACACUGACAGUAAUUGUAAUCUAGAGGGGAGUAAUGUGGGUUCCACCAUGGGAGCUGAGGGUGGUAAAGCGAGGAAGGAGCUGCCAACGCCAAAGGAGAUAUGUAAGGCGCUCAAUGAUUUUGUUGUUGGGCAGGAUAGGGCAAAAAAGGUCCUUUCCGUGGCUGUUUACAACCACUACAAAAGAAUAUAUGAUACUUCUGUACAGAAAGAGAAAGUAUCUGUCAUAUUAAUCUUAGAUAAUGGGGGGAGCAACUAUGAUGUUGUUGCUGAUUUCAAUGUAGAAGCGGCUCAGCGUGGGAUAAUAUAUAUUGAUGAAGUUGAUAAAAUAACAAAGAAGUCUGAGAAUUUGAACAUUGGUAGAGAUGUAUCAGGAGAGGGUGUUCAACAGGCACUGCUGAAAAUGCUAGAAGGAACUAUUGUAAAUGUUCCUGAUAAUAGAGCUAGAAAGCAUCAACGUGGUGAUAGCAUUCAGAUAGAUACAAAAGAUAUCCUAUUCAUAUGCGGUGGAGCCUUUAUUGAUUUGGAGAAGACCAUUUCCGAGAGACGACAAGAUUCCUCAAUUGGUUUUGGAGCACCGGUCCGUACUAAUAUGAGACUUGGUGGGCUAAAUAAUCCGACAGUGGCCUCAUCUCUGUUGGAACAUAUAGAAAGUAACGACCUUACUUCUUAUGGUCUCAUACCUGAAUUUGUUGGACGAUUUCCCGUUUUGGUGACCUUGUCAGCUCUAGAUGAAGACCAACUUGUUCAGGUUCUUACUGAACCAAAAAACGCUCUCUGUAAACAAUACAAGAGGAUGUUUGGAAUGAACAAUGUCAACUUACAGUUCACAGACGAUGCCAUGAGGUUGAUUGCAAAGAAAGCAAAAGCCAAAAAUACUGGGGCACGAGGUUUAAGGGCCAUAUUAGAAAAUAUUCUGACAGAGGCCAUGUUUGAGGUUCCAGACGCAAAAUUCGGAAAAUACUCCGUAGACAGAGUUUUGGUCGAUGAAGAGGCUGUUGGUACACUAGAUACACCUGGACAUGGAGCAAAAAUUCUCCGCAAAAAUACUGGGUCAGACAAAAUCGCUAGUCAAACAAAAUCAAGAGUUACAAAGUUGUCAUAUUUUAUGGACCGACCCUCUUUCCGGUGUUCUACUGUUGGCUCAAUAAAGUUUAGAGAAUUACCUUGUCGGCUCAAUAAAGUCUGGAGAUACUGCCGUUUUAAUCGUCUUCCAUUCUUAGGAAUAUAACUCUAUUUGUGGCCAUGCUAGCAUUGGAGUGAUUAGAUACUGUAAUUGGAUUAUCCACAUAAACUUUGUUUAAUUUUGUCAUUUCAGACCCCCCCCCUUGCCCCCUU